GUAGGCUCCUCUGAAACAACUCAACGGCCCACUCAGUACGAACAUGUAACUGUAGUUACGCAGCUCGCUCAACAGCCAAUGUCAAAUCAAUCAAGAUCAGAUACCAGCACAGGUCCUGGUAAUGUAUCGUAUGCUGUUAGCUCUACUGCGGGAACGUCAAGCUUACAGAUUCAUCCGCCAGCAACAUUGACUCAACAAGUGCAGUUAUCUGUUCCUGCUCUUGUUGGGGCGCCUUUAGCAAAGGUUGGAAAUAGUAGAGGUGGAACAAUUCGUUCUCAGACGCUUCGUACCAACGGCACAAGGUCGCAGAAAACACCAUUGUCAGCAAUGCUGCCAAUGAUGGGUAGAGGGAACGCAAAACAGUUAGUUAAUAUGAAUGUCAUUGGAGACGAUGGGCCAACAGUGCGUCAACACUUGCAACAACAGCAGCAGAAGGCACGUUUACAGCAACAGUUAGCUAUGCAAGCGAAACAGAAAGCUGAAGAAGCAGCCAAACAAAAUUUGGGAGACGGGAACUUUCAGGCAGUCGCAUAUGCCCAGUCAUCGUCUUCCGGUGAACAACAGUCGUCGUCCCCAGAAUUAAAAGCUACGCUUCGUACGACGCACGUACAAAGGCCCUAUACCCCUCGCGUCUCAACUGCGCCAAGACAGCGAGUUGUAACGGAAACUACGCGGCCAGUACAACUUAAAAAUACGAGUUCUACAAGCCUUUCGGGCUCCUUACCUCCUAUAUCCCUCGGUCCUUCACGGCCUACAAAAAUGAACCGAUUGACUGCUAGUGUUCCUGAAGUGCAAAAUGCUGGAGAGAUCGUAACUGUCUUGCAAACGCAGCCCCAAUCUGCUCCCGGGUAUCAAACUGUUCGGCAGCUUCAUUAUCGGUCUGCCCCGCAAGGUGCUCAACUUAUACGAAGCACUAGUCAACCUGCUGGUGGCCAGCCAGUCGAGCAAGUUUUCCAAGUUGUUAAUAACGAUAUGCAACAGUUCCCAAACCAACCCGUUGUAAAAAUAGAGACGGCUCAAAUUCCAAAUGACUGUCAGCAGACGUCUUCAACUUCUGCUGCUGUUUUAAGUGAUAUUGGAGCGCAGUCAGUGAAAAAUUCACUUCGGAAAAGAGCUCAGAGAACUCAGCCUCAAGUUCGUGUUACAUUUCUUGAACCCUCUAAGCCUAUAGACUUUGUGUGCUCCCAACCCGUUUCAUCAAUUGACCCCAGUUGUUCUAAUUCAAAUUAUUCACCUCAAAGUUCAGCACAGGGAGUUUAUGGUGCCACAAGACAAAUUGUCAGUAAUCGCGAAAUCACGCAGAAUGACCAGUUUUUUCCGUCCGCUUCUCCAGUUUCAAUCAGUUCUGGUGCAUUAGAUUCUGCCGAAGUUGCUGACCAAGGGGCAGUGCAACAGCAGCAAGUCUUACAGCAUAAUAAUCUGCAUCAGAAGCACUCACAGCAUCAGAUGCAAGUAGUUACCCAACAUCAUUUUCAAAAUACGAUUAAUCAGCAGCAGUUGCAAAUAAGGAAUCCUCCCCAAGUGCAGAUUCAGCAAAUAGUGGGGCAACAUCGGAUACAACGAACAGGCGGCCUUCAACAUUUACAGGAAGUUGUGGUCAAUCCACAACAACAGCAGACGGGUAUGCCUACCAGUCAACAACCGCAACUUCAGCAAGUUUCAGUGCAACAGGUGCCAAUUCAGCAACAACAGCACAUCCGGACAGCUUGUCAAGGGCAGCAACGAAUAGUUCAAACAUCUCAAGCAAUGGCACCGCAGAGGAUGUGUAGGCUUCCCAAUGUUAAGAAUCUUGAGCAACGCCCACAGCCUCUGCAAGGACAUGCCCAAUAUCAUUUGCAGUCUCAUCAACAGCAGCAACUUCAACAUUUGCAAAUACAACAACCCCUCUCCCAAGGGCGACCAGUCCAGCAGUUCCGUCAGCAGUCACAAACAGUCCAUGAAACGUACUCUCCACGGUUCCAGCACUCGCGGGUGCAUCAGAAUACUGUCCCUAGUGGAAAUGCUCCUAUUGUCAAUGAACAACGGGACGGAAUAGUUGUUAAACACCAAAAUUCAGUACAAGUAGCUCAUCAUACUCAGAUUCGUCCGCUACCUCCAGGCGUUGUAAGCCGCGCUGGGACUCAAAUAACUGGAUCACAACGCGUUUUUGGCCUACCUCGGCAUUUAAUGCAGCAGCGUGAAGAUGAAAUUUACACGAGAAAGCUUUAUUUUCUGAAAACUUCAAUAAAGGCGUUGACCUACAAAAAUGCUGCGUUGUGCGAUGAGAUUGCCCGUUUGAACCAACGUAUUCAGACCGUUAGUGACCAAAGAAGGAUGCUUGCGAAACGGUUGCAGCAUCACGAAAGGAACAGAAUUCGACGAAUACAAACAAGGUUAAAAAAGAAAGCUGCGCUUGAGGCGAAGCUUAGGGGUUUCCAAGAUACCCCUUUAGUGAUAAAUGUAGGUGCUGAUCCUGUCAAAAUCUCUCAUGACGGAGACACGAACGACUUUAAUGACGUUGAUUCGGAAAAAACAGGUUCACCCGUAAACCCCUCCCCUUCAAGCAGUGUUUCUGUACGUUGA